AGAGCAGCGUCAUAGUUGGCGGAGAGCCCCACCGUCUGGAAUGAAACGGGCGCAGCGAUUGGCUCGAAAUUUUGCCCGAGACAACUCACGCGUACGAUGUUCUCUCUCUCCCCCUUUUGUUAUUGCAAGCAAACUAGAGAAGAGUCGAGGGAGCAGCAGGAUGAACGAAGGGAGCGAGAGAGGGUGAUAGACUGACAACAGUCGAGACAGACAGCUCCACAGAGAGAGGGGUAAAGGGGGAAAUACAUUUGGAAUACUGCUUCAGAGCUCUCUCUACAUAUUUGUCCAGUUCUCCUGUUGAUUUGGAGAUGUCAGUGAACCCCCCCAACAGCAACGAUGCCUGCCUGAGCAUCGUGCACAGCCUCAUGUGCCACCGACAGGGCGGUGAGAACGAGGGGUUUGCCAAGCGUGCCAUAGAGAGCCUGGUAAAGAAGCUGAAGGAGAAGAAGGAUGAGCUGGACUCGCUCAUCACCGCCAUCACCACCAACGGAGUUCACCCCAGCAAGUGUGUCACCAUCCAAAGGACGCUUGAUGGACGCCUGCAGGUAGCUGGGAGGAAAGGGUUCCCCCAUGUGAUCUACGCUAGGCUCUGGCGCUGGCCAGACCUCCACAAGAAUGAACUGAAGCAUGUCAAGUUCUGCCAGUUCGCCUUUGACCUCAAGUAUGACAACGUGUGUGUCAACCCCUACCACUACGAGAGAGUGGUAUCGCCAGGCAUUGUUGGUCUCAGCAUUCAAAAUGCAGGUCCUCCAGGUCGGCUGAUCAAAGAGGAGUACAUCCAUGACUGUUAUGAGAUGGACCUCCCCUCCAGGAUGCCCCCCCAGCCCGAGCACUACAACCAGCCCCUCCCCCCUCUGCAGAUGCCACCAGAGCCGCCCCGCGCCCCAUCCUCCGUCAACCUCUACCCCAGCAUGCCCCUCUCUCCGCCAGUGAGCAGCUCCAUGAUGGGGCCCAUGUCUGGGGGCCACGGCGAGGGCCUGCUCCAGAUCGCGUCUCCCCAAAUCCAGGGCAUUCCCCAGACGCCACCCCCAACCACCCCCACACACGGACCACCCCCCAGCCCCCCCCCUCACAGCCAGAGUGACUACAGCAGCAGCUCCAAACACACACAGACACAGAGCUCCUAUCACACAACCUGGACAGGCACCAGCACGGCCUCCUAUACCCCUGUAGGACCCCAGCAGAAUGGGCGUGGCCACCAGCAACCACCACUGCACCACCCCAACCACUUCUGGUCUCAGCAACAUCACAGCGCACCCGCCUUUCCUCAGCCAGUCUCCAACCAUCCAGGUCCAGAGUUCUGGUGCUCCAUCUCCUACUUUGAGAUGGACAUUCAGGUUGGGGAGAUGUUCAAGGUCCUGGCUAACUGCCCCGUGGUGACAGUGGACGGAUACGUGGACCCCUCGGGGGGCGACCGCUUCUGUCUGGGCCAGCUCAGCAACGUGCACCGCACCGACGCCAGCGAAAGAGCCAGGUUGCACAUUGGGAAGGGGGUGCAGUUGGAGUGUCGUGGUGAGGGGGAUGUGUGGAUGCGUUGCCUUAGUGACCAUGCAGUGUUCGUACAGAGCUACUACCUGGACCGGGAGGCGGGGCGAGCCCCGGGAGACGCAGUUCACAAGAUCUACCCUGGGGCCUACAUGAAGGUGUUUGACCUGCGUCAGUGCCACAGGCAGAUGCAGCAGCAGGCAGCCACGGCCCAGGCUGCAGCAGCAGCACAGGCUGCAGCGGUGGCAGGCAACAUCCCAGGGCCUGGCAGUGUGGGGGGAAUCGCCCCGGCAGUCAGUCUGUCGGCGGCAGCCGGGAUAGGUGUGGACGACCUGCGGCGGCUGUGUAUCCUGAGGCUCAGCUUUGUGAAGGGCUGGGGGCCCGACUACCCUCGGCAGAGCAUCAAGCACACCCCCUGCUGGGUGGAGGUCCACCUGCACCGUGCCCUGCAGCUGCUGGAUGAGGUGCUGCACACUAUGCCUCUGGCUGACCUAGGAGGACAUGGACAUGUCAACUAAGCAGUGUGUGUGUGGGUGUGAGAGAGAGGUGGCGGUGUCUCAGUUGCUUGGUUUGGAUGAUAACCUUCAUGAACACUACAGUACAUUUUGGAUUGGAUACCUUUUUCCUCAGCACCUGAAACAAAGACUGUAGACUCUGAUAGAAACUUGUAUCGAACUUCUAUCGAAAAGGUAUUUUAAUGCUUUUAUAUAUUUUCCUGUUUGAAUCGCCUGAUUUUCCUGAAGCAGUUUAGACUGCAAAAUGUACUUGCUCAUCAGCCAAUCUUUUCACAGAGACUGGAACUUGCACUAAAGGCAUCAAUGCUUUUUAGUAGUGGAAACUAGCCUCGCACCGCCAAUGACCUGGUAACUUGCCUGGAUAAAACACUUUGGGAAUUGUUCAGAAAGUCAGAAUGAUAGCACAUGUGCUGCAGUGGAUUCUCACUUAAGCAGUGUUGGAAUGAUGCCUUGAUUACAGGGCAGCAGACUCAGACAGGUAUAUUGCAUCUGGAGAAUGCUGCUGUCCUUUAACUGCCUUCAGUAGGGUCUGUUUGUUCUUCAGGGAGAAAUUGAAACAAUAGUCACCACAAUCUCCAUCAACCUUUUCUCUUAUCAGUAUUUUUCAUUAACCUGCAUCAUUUGACUCAGUUAUAUUUAUACUGAACAAAAAUAAAACUCAACAUGUAAA